AUGGCGUUCGUCCUUCGUCGCCCGUUUGCUAUAUCGGCAGCUCUCAAACAGGCUCCCAAGCCAACGACAGUAUCAACCACCAUCCGGUUCAUCCACAACGGCCCUAUCAAGCCAUCAUCGUCACCAGCUAGCCGCGCACCAUCUCAGAUCUCCUCUCCAUCUCCAACCAGUAAAGCGCGCAAGUCUUUCCAGGAUGCCUUCCGACGUACCUAUAUGCAGAAGGCAUAUCAGCCCGCCGCCGGAGAUACCAGCAAUAUGACCCAGAAACUAAUAUACGGUGCCGCCAUCAUCGGAGGAACUGUUGUGGCAACAAACUUCAUUUUCAACAGGGAAACAAGAGAAGAUGGUGGAAUGCGCCCUUACGAACGAAGUUUCUUGAAUGAGACAUUCAUGCACACUGGUCUGGGUAUUGGAAUCAUCGGCAUUGCCGCCCGUGCUCUUCAUACCAGCGGGUGGUCUUAUCGACUCAUGGCAACCAACCCAUGGGUUGUUGUUGGUGCCAGCUUGGUAGCUAGCAUUGGAACUAUGUACGGAACGUUUUACACAUCGCCCGAUAACUACAUUCAAAAGUAUGCUCUGUGGACUGGAUUCAACCUUGCCCAAGCGGCCGUUCUAGCACCUCUAUUCUUCAUGUCCCCAGCCAUUCUCGGUCGUGCUGGUCUUUACACAGUCGGCAUGAUGGGCUCAAUCGCCUUUGUCGGUGCUACUGCCAAGCAGGAGAAGUACCUUUACCUUGGUGGCCCGCUUCUCGCUGGUGUUGCCAUUGUUGCUCUCUCUGGAUUUGCUCCCCUGGUUCUACCAGCUACAGCCACAAGAACUCUUAUGUGGUCUGAGCGCGUUUGGUUGUAUGGAGGUCUUGCUGUCUUUGGUGGAUUUACCCUUUACGAUAUCCAGAAGAUCCUUUACCAUGCUCGUUUGGCUGAACGAGGUGUUGUACGGAGGGACGUUGUUAACGAGAGUAUCAGCCUUGAGCUCGACUUUAUCAACAUCUUUGUCCGCAUGGUCCAGAUCCUGGCUCUGAGAGGCGGUAACAACAAGCGGUAG